AUGACAUUUUCUUCGUCCUCGUCUGUUCCAGCACUUGCUGCAAUAACAUGUUUGGUUGUGGUGGUGUUGGGUUGCUAUUGGCCCGUUGAGGCCCGAAUCCCCACCACUUUGGACGGUCCGUUCGAGCCCGUAACUGUUCCAUUCGAUCAAAGUUUGCGCGGCAACGCCGUCGAUUUGCCCGAGUCCGAUCACCGAGUUCGCCGCCGAGUUAAAGGCUUCGAGCCUGAGCAGAUUUCUGUUUCGCUUUCAGCCAAUUACGACUCUGUUUGGAUCUCCUGGGUUACAGGGGAAUCGCAAAUUGGCUACAACAUAAAGCCAUUGGACCCCAAAAGUGUGGCAAGUGUUGUUCGUUAUGGGAAGCUGAGAUAUCCACCAACACAUGAAGCAACAGGAUAUUCUCUUGUUUACAAUCAGCUCUACCCUUUUGAAGGCCUCCAAAAUUACACUUCUGGGAUCAUCCACCAUGUUCGUCUUACAGGAUUGAAACCGAAUACAUUGUAUUUUUAUCGUUGUGGAGAUCCUUCUAUACCGGCCAUGAGCGAAAUCUACCAUUUCAGGACCAUGCCAGUUUCUGGUCCGUGGAGCUACCCAGAGAGAAUAGCAGUUGUGGGGGACCUUGGCCUUACUUACAACACAACUACCACAAUUAGUCACUUGACUAGUAACGAUCCUAAUCUUGUUCUAUUGAUUGGUGAUGUUACUUAUGCAAACCUAUACCUCACGAAUGGAACUGGUUCUGAUUGUUAUUCUUGCUCAUUUCCACACUCACCAAUACACGAGACCUAUCAGCCUCGAUGGGAUUACUGGGGAAGGUUUAUGGAGAAUUUAAUUUCUAAAGUUCCAAUAAUGGUGAUAGAAGGGAACCAUGAAAUAGAAGAACAGGCUGAAAAUAAGACAUUUGUGGCUUAUAGUUCUCGGUUUGCAUUCCCAUCUGAAGAAAGUGGAUCCUCAUCCACAUUCUACUACUCCUUUAAUGCAGGGGGGAUUCAUUUUAUUAUGCUUGGAGCCUACAUUGACUUUACAAGAUCAGGGAAACAAUACAAGUGGCUGGAGCAAGAUUUGGCUAAUGUGGACAGAUCCACAACUCCAUGGCUGGUAGCGACUUGGCAUCCACCCUGGUAUAGUACUUAUGAGGCCCAUUACAGAGAGGCAGAAUGUAUGAGGAUGGAAAUGGAAGAGUUGCUCUACUCUUAUGGAGUUGAUAUAGUGUUCAAUGGACAUGUUCAUGCCUAUGAGAGGUCAAAUCGUGUAUAUAAUUACAACUUAGAUCCCUGUGGCCCUGUAUAUCUCACUGUUGGUGACGGGGGUAAUCGGGAGAAGAUGGCAGUUCAAUAUGCUGAUGAACCUGGUAAUUGCCCAGAGCCAUCAACUACUCCUGAUGAAUACAUUGGUGGCUUUUGUGCAAAAAACUUUACCUCCGGCCCAGCCGCAGGUAAAUUUUGUUGGGAUCGGCAACCGGAUUACAGUGCCUUCAGAGAAAGCAGCUUUGGUCAUGGGAUCCUUGAGGUGAAGAAUGAGACCUGGGCUCUAUGGACAUGGUACCGGAACCAGGAUGCCGACAACAAAGUGGGAGAUCAAAUUUAUAUAGUGAGGCAACCUGACAAAUGCCAUGUCCGCCAGGUGCUAAAGAGUUGGAUUGUUGACAUUUAG